AAUUCUCUCUUGCAUGUUGUGCCCUCAUAUGAACCUAUAAUUAGAAGCCGUCAUGGUAAAUAUAGGUUUACUUGUACUCUCAAAGGACCGCACAAUAAAACGUGUUGUGUCGCAAGAAUUUGCCCCCGAGAUUAUUGAGCACCCACUUUCGGCCAUUGUUAUCCGUAACAAGCCGCACACAUUAAGAUGUAGAGCGGACGGCAACCCGUCACCGUCUUAUCGGUGGUAUAAAGAUGGCAGACCGCUUCGUCCAAGUAUCCAUUAUACAAUGCUGGACUCGGGGGCGCUGUUCUUCCUGCGCGUGGCUCAGAGUCGCAGUCAACAGGACACAGGGGUCUACUGGUGCGAGGCUACUAAUUACCUAGGCAGCCAGUUCAGCCAAAACGCAACAUUGGAAGUUGCCUAUAUGCGAGAAGAUUUUAGGAAGGUGUCUGAGGAUCUUAUUGCAUCUUCUGGUGAUGAGUUGCAGAUUGACUGCUCACCACCAAGAGCUAAUCCAAAUCCAAAUGUGACGUGGGAAAAGAAUGGCCAGCCAGUCGUCAUGGGAGGGAGGAUCAAACUCCAGGAUAGUAAUCUCAAGUUUACUCAAGUAAGAGCAAUAGAUGAGGGGCAGUACGUCUGCAUUGCAACGAACAUGGCCGAUACUCGAAGAAGCAGACCUGUAUUGCUUAAAGUUACCGAGGGCCCGGAGUUCCUGACCAUACCUGAAGACACUGUCGCCGCUGUCGGUGAAACGGUCAAGUUGGAAUGCCAGGCAGAUGGUCAGCCUAUGCCGGACAUCAGUUGGAGUAGAUUGGAAGCGCCGAUUUCAUCAGACAGGGUAACGGUAUUGGAUGACAACUCAAUUCUUCUUAGGGAUGUCACGCAGGCGGAUUCUGGUACAUACAUAUGUACGGCUGACAGUUCAGUAGCUAGGAGAACAAAGCAAGCUACAGUAAAAAUAGUCACAAAUAUAGUCUUCUGGACCGAACCAGUGGAUGUGACUGUACAAGAGAAUGGGGAGACCAGUUUCCAGUGUGUUGCUAAUGGCAAUCCGAAACCAACCAUAUUUUGGCAAAAAGUUGGAUCUAGUGAGCUAAUGUUUCCUGGUCAGAACUAUAACCGAUAUUCUGUAUCAGUAGACGGCACAUUGACUAUCGCCCGUGUGCAGAAAUUGGAUGAGGGCCGUUACACUUGCUCCGCUGUUAACGUCAAUCUGUCCACAGUCUCAACGACCAGUGCUUAUCUUACCGUUGUUGCUGUAUUGCAUCAGUAUCCUCCAGUAAUUGACCUCGGCGUCGUCAACCAGACAUUAACCAUCGGCGAAAAUGCAAUGCUACCCUGCGAAGUGGUAUCGGCAGACCAGACUAGCAUACUGUGGCUGAAGAAUGGCGUCUCAAUCAGGCGGAAUGAUAGGAUGACAAAACUUGACUCUGGUACCCUACAAAUAUCGGCUUUACACUCCUCCGAUUCGGCGUUGUAUACUUGUGUCGCAAGUAGAAACGACUACCAAACCAAAUGGAAUGCUACACUACUUGUUAUAGGUGCAGAUGAAAUUGGAAAAAUUGAAAUAAGAAAAAUGCCGCCAGAGAAAGAUUUGCCUUCAUCGCCGCGGCUAUUCACAGUUGGCAAUAUCACAGGAAGCUCAGCGUUGCUGUCAUGGCAACCACCUGAAAAUAACGGAGGAAGUGGAAUCACCUAUUACCGCCUGGAGUACUUUAUUGAAGACAGCUCGCAAGCUGGUUGGAUGAUUUUAUUGGAUCAUAUCACGAAGACAUCAGCACACAUCAUGAACCUUAAGCAUCUGACAGCAUAUCGGUUCCUCGUGAGGGCAGCAAAUUCUCAAGGAUUCGGUAAACCCAGUGAAGUAUCGGCUCCUAUUUCUACACUAGAUUCGGACGUAACUCCCCCGCCGAUAAUCACGUCACCGGUCAGCCCCCAGCAGAGACUGAACGUAGCAGGUGUGAGCAUCGUUGAUGUUCAAGUACUCAGCUCAAAUGCAGUGAAGGUGGUUUGGAAGGUUGCCCGACAUCAGGAGUACAUCGAGGGAUUCUAUGUCAUCUAUCGUAAGGUUGCUGUUUUAGAGCAGCCCGUCGUUGAAGCAGUCAGAGACGUGAGCAUGCUCCUUAUAACCGAACUCACUCCCGGCACUCACUAUAGUUUUAUGAUCAAGCCGUACUACCACCAAAACAUUGGUUCCGAAUCGGCACCUUUCACUAUCACAACACUAGAGCAUGGAGCUGAACUGCCAGAUGAAAUUGGAGGAGAUGAUGUUUUACAAGAUAAAUUGAAUCAAUGUGAAAUCCGACUUCGAACUCUGGAACCGAUUGGUACCAGCAGCAUUAAGGUGUUGUGGAGGGUGCAGAAUGACGCAUGUAAAGACUAUGUCGAUGGUUACCACGUGAAGUACUACAAAGACCGCAUCAAUAACCGGUACUUUACGAAGACUGUGAAGAAAUCGCGAAUGGCAACAUUACACAAUCUCGCUGGAGAUGCCACCUACUUUGUAAGCAUAGUACCAUUCAACGGUCAGCAGCAGGGUAAGGGAAGUGACGUCAAGGAGGUGCAGCUUAGCAAAAGUGGACCCUUCACGGCCCCUGUUAAUAAAGACACGCCCGAGAGUCUUGAUGGGUUACCUAUCGGUGUCCGCGUUCACGUCAAAUCCUCAGACACUAUCUCAGUUGAAUGGAAACCUCCCGUAAUAACGCAUGACAUCAUCGUCGACUACCUUGUCAUGUGCCUUGGAAACAACAGUAUGUAUCAUCGCAACAUAACCACAAGAAAUAACUCAACGUUUUAUGUAACAUUUAGCGAUUUGGAGCCUAUGAUGACGUACACGAUUCUUGUUGCGGCUCGUAUGCGUGAUCGCUCUGCGGGAACGAGUAACAUGGUUAGAAUCGGCCCGCCUAGCACAGUCACCAUACAGCUCAAUCAGGAUCCUGUAAUCUUAAAUAAUAAGAACAAUGAGAAUCUUGUGACAUCGCCACUUUUCAUUGGUAUUCUUGGAGCUGUCAUAACAAUCUUAGUCAUCAUGAUUAUUACAUUCUGGUUUUUAAAACAAAAGAAGAAAAAGAAACAAGGUCUAGACUCAAAAGUUGUAUUUACAGCAUGUGAUGGAGAUGGUAAGUGUAGCGUUUAUAAGCCGGCUGUUAGCCAAGUAAGCACAAAAACUCACGAAGGUCAAUGGAAUUCACACUCGUGGCAGAGAACGCAAAUUGAUAACCAAGAUUACACUAUAAACACAUAUGGUUUCCGUAGUAACUGUGAUCAUUCCGGUCAGCACGACUGUAGCAAAUCCAACACAUGGUCAUCAACGGCUCAUUCCACUUUAGACACGUUCCACCGGCGAAUGCAAAAACCAGUACAUGGUCCUGAAUAUGCUGUAGUAGAAAAAUCUGAGAGCCCUAGCUGCAGCCUACACGGCAUCCAUAUCUUAAUCCCUAGCAACAGUAAAGAAGACCCAUUGAACAUAGAACCCUACGCAUCAACAUCCCUCAUCCAGGCACGUUAUCUCCACCAACAGCAGGCCCAGAGGUUUCCCGAAAACCCCCUAAACAGAACCGGUCCAAAAGCUCCCUGGCAUGGGGAGGUCAUUAACAAUGGGUACAGCAGUAGCGAUAACUCUGGUGCCCCGCCUCUUCCGCCUUCUAUUCCUGAAAGAUGUGUUAAUGAUGGAAUGCAACAUUUACCUCCAGGAGUAUUUGUAAAACCAGUUGAGAGCAACUCCUGCACUCCUUACCAAGCUAGAUCUGCAUCACCUUGUAGCACGUUCCAAAAGCCAAACAGGCCUACUGUGCACAUAACAACAAACCCACUCGCUUCCAGAAACAUCACCUACCAGGAUGGUGUACCUCAUAUACCUUACCAGCCGGCUAGUGUAAACACAGAUCACUCACCAACACCGCCGACUCAACGGUGGACACCACCCUCGGCCGACUCGUGCAGCGAUAACAACUCCAGCCCCCCGUGCGAUCAGCAUCAGCCGAAGCCUAGGUUCCUUAUGUCAAGUUCACCUGAUCCAUACACGAGCCAGCUGAAUGAUUUGUCAUCGCUUCAAAGCUAUCAAGUCUCUCCAAUGCAACAGAGUCUGCCGCUACAUAAGUACUUAACACAACAACAACAGCAGCAGCAGGAACAACAACAACUACAGCAACAGAAACAGCAACAACAACAACAACAACAGUUACAACAACAGCAAGCAAGUAUGUAUGAACAUAAUGGUCAUGAAUGUGAAGAUGUAGAAUUUCAUAAUGGGAAUUCAGAACUGGACUCUAUUAGUAAUUGUACAGAUUCUUUGGUCACAUCUUGCACAUCUGGUAGCAGCAGUAUGCAACAUAGUCAAGGAAGUUUAGAUGAUUCUGACGGAUCCUAUUUUACAGAUAUACCAAACAUUAAUUCCAUUCCACAAAUACUGACUGACAGAUCUCCGUCUGACUCCAAGUCAUCUUCAGUUACAUAGUAACGUGAUUGCAGACAGUGCUGCAAAGAUAAAGGACUUCUUGAAAUUUGAUCAAAACAUCUAUUUUAUAGAUUAUUUAUGAUUGUAAACACUUAUUGUAAAAUUGUAUUAAGUUAUAUUAAAUUGUUUAUAUAUACAAACUAAUUUUUUUUUUAUAACAAAUGGAAAUAGGAAGCUAAGAAGGAUUUUAUUGAGGUUGUUACAAUAUCCAUGAGGCAAAAGUUCCCGUUAGCAGAAAUGGUCCAUAGUGAGCUGUCUGAUGGUUGAGAUUGAGUUGUCAAAUGGUCCAGAGGGAGAGCUGUCAGCAACUCCAUAAACUUGAAUUGGUUUUAAGAAUGUCCAUUGGGAGUUAACAAGAGAGCAAACAUAUAGCCAUCGGAAUGUAAACAAGAAACCCAUUACAAUCACUCACUUCUCAUCUCAUGGGCUUCACUGGCUAUAAAUAAUUUAAGAACCCAUUAUUAUUCAACAAACCAGCAGGAUUUAUAACCCAGGUGUUUUUUUUCCAAAAGCCGGGUGCCAUGGACCAUUUCUGUUAAUGGCCAAAAAUGCAGCAUGCAAGAAAAAAUAUUAUUAUUACCUUUAUGCUAAUGAAAUAUCAAGAACUUAAACUCACAUAAGCCAAGUAUUAUCAGAUAGUAGAUUAUGUACUAUAAAGAUAUAGUGAAUAUGUUAAUCUCAUGUGUAGCUAGCAUAAUCAUUUUGUGUGGAUGUGUGCAUAUGAGGAGUGCCUGGAUGUGUUUGCUUUUGAAUUUGAAGAGGUGCCUGGAUGUUUUUGCUUUUGAAGGCGAGGUGCCUGGAUAUGUGUGCAAAUGAGGGCGUGCCUGGAUGUGUACGAAGAUUGAGAGAAAUGGGUACUGUGGGUCUGUGGUAGGGUAGUAUGUUGGUUGUCUAUGGUGUCUGACACACCAAAAAUAUGCAACAGUCUGAAGACUUCUUAUCAGUGGGGUCCUUCUGUUGUCAGGAAGAGUUAUUGAAAUAGAUCAGAACCACCUACUCAUUUUGAGAAAUGUUUUGGGUUCUUUAAAGUGCACGGAAGACUUUGCUCUUGGUCUACGGCUUAGUCUUUAUCUGAGAGAGAAAUCUGAUCCAGAAACUGGAACCAUGAGGAAGGGGUAAUUCAAACCUUCAAUGGUGAUAACUUAUGGAGCUGUAGAUAGAGAUACCCCAGCCGUAUCACUUGACCAUUUACCUAUUACUCAGGCCUGAGGCACCAGUCUUCUCAAAAUAGUCUGCAUUUUAUGUAUUAUAAAGCCGUAUGUUGCUUAACAUUGAUCUGACAAGAACUAGUGUAUCAAUGUAGUAUAGCCGUAGAGAGAGGGGCUGUGUUUUCAAGUCGUACAGGUUUUCCGUUUUGUCUGCAUUAUGGAGAUUUAUUAACAGAUACCAGUACAUUUUUUUACCCAUCCUUCGUAAUUUUUCCAAGACUUUCGACAACUUCAUGUUCAAAAUCAGCAAAUCUCAAACCAUUUCAGAUUUCUAAGCCCAACUAACAAAACACUUGAAUCUGAUAAUACUAAUUUGUUAUCUUACUUUUUUCUUGAAUUUUAUUUGUGUUCUAUUCCUUGUUUGAUAACUUACCAUUUCAUACUUUUGCUUUACAAAAUCGUGAUUGUUAACUUUAUUUGUUAAAUAUCUGAGGAUUUUUAUUUUAUUUCGUUACGGUGAUCGUUUGAAAUAAUGUGUGAUCCUGCAUGUGCUGACAGUUUUCCACCAUGUGUUAAAUUGUUUCGUGUGAUACACGGAAGUGAAGUAAUUUAUUUGUUAAUAUUUGUGUAAAAACAAGAAAUACAAUUUCCAGUAAAUCUAUAGUGUUGUAAUAAAUAUUUUUUUAGAGACUGGAAAGUGGAAUUUUUACAAAAUACUGGGCUCAAGGGCUCUAGUUAUGAUAUUGCAAAGGAAACUUGGAAUUCGAGUCCAGACAAAGCCGGCCCUAGAUCGCCGGGCUGCGUGAAAUGUAAGCCCACUACAUGCCAUGGUAACAAAAAGAUUGCCAGCAACAGCCGCCUCUGUGGAGGCAGGCAGAAAAUCUAAAGCUGCUAAAACUAAGAGGCAUAGUAAUGACAUUACAAGAGUUCAAAAGAGGCAAACUAGAUGGUUCAAGGCCUAAAUUAUUUGCCCUAUGAGCAAAAAUUGCAUCAUUUCAAACUGCCACUUCUGGAAUUUAGACGGCAUCAGGCAAAUUGGUACAAAGUACAGUGUUCAGAUUUAUUCAGAGGAUGUGAUGUUCUUGAUAAGAGAAAGUUUUCCAUCUUUCAUGUCGACUCUUGAACUAGAAGACACCCUAUAAAUUUGGCUAAACUUAGGCCCAAUGGAAAGGUUAGGAGAAAGUUUUUCUCAUGAGUCAUUAAUGAUUGGAAUAAUCUACCUAAAGCUGCGGUCCAGACCCUUAAUUGGAGUUUUCGUUGGUAUAUGUUUGUGCAGAAAAGGGUACCGGUAUGUGCGCCUUGAGACGGUUUCGAUCGUGGAAGGCGCUAUAUAAAUAUAAAAUCAUAAACCAUAAUUGUGUGAUGUUGGAGAGAGGGAUAUGUAUAUGUGUUAUGUGUGUCUGUAAGGUGUGGGUGCUAUGAUGAUGUCUAAUAGGUGAGGGAAAUGUAAAUAAUAUAUUUAAUAGAUAAU